AUGUCGAACUCUUUCCGGGCCUCGAUCUUGCGCCAAUCCGGGAACAUCAACUGUGAAGGUCCUGAACAUCUAAUUCUUGAGAUUUCUGUCAGGAACUGUUCCAAGAUACUACUAGCUGUUGUUUACAGACCACCACACUGCGGAUUUUCGGAUUUCUUUGACGUCUUUUCUGAUUUGUCGGUUAAUUACAAGCACUCCAUCAUUUUCGGGGAUUUUAAUGCCGAUCUUUGUUCCUCGACCUUUGACUCGGAACAUAUUCGUUCAUUUGUUCGCGCAUCUAACUUUUUUCUUGUGCCCUACACCACUACGCAUCAUACCCGUACUGCCUCCACCCUGCUUGACCUGUGCCUUAUAGAUGAGUCUGAUAAGCUUGUCGAUUACGUGCAGCGUGAGGUCUGCUUUCUAUCCGCUCACGAUCUCAUCGCCAUCACAUACGAUGUCAGGAUAGAGCGGAUCCCUGAGCGCACCAUCCGAGUUCGGGAUUUUCGAGCUUUUAAUCUGGAGAAUUUUCUCGACGAACUUGCGUCUCUGAACUGGUCUGAGCUUUACUCUGCAGCUAGUGUCGACGCAAAAGUUGAUAUCUUCAACAAUCUCCUUUUGACUUGUUACGACCAACAUGCUCCCUUCCGGGUCAUACGACCCAAGCACCUGCCAGCACCUUGGCUCACGGAGGAUAUUAAAUCCCGGAUGAGGGAGAGGGAUAGAGCCAGAAGAGUCUGGAUGAGGAGUAGAACGGACGCUAACUACCUCACCUUUAGACGCCUGAGAAACUUGGUGCAGGUCGAGGUACGGAGGGCUAAGUCGGAGUUCUUCCAUGAGGAGUUCCAGGAUUUGAAUGAGCCUAAUGAGAUCUGGCGAAAACUCAGAAAAUUCGGUCUUCUUAAAUCCAAAGCAAGGACGGAGAAUCUCGCUUUUACCAGCGAGGAACUUGUUGACCACUUUACGUGCAACGUGACGUCGAACACGGACUGUAUCCAGGCCAUCUACUUGGGCGAGACUGCGUAUGAUGACUCAAAAUUUUAUUGGAGCAACAUUGAGCCCCUGGAUAUUGUUCGGACUAUCGGCAAGAGUAAGUCGGAUGCCAUGGGAGUGGAUGGACUACCUCGGAGCCUGGUGGUUAGGGCGCUUCCGAGCAUCCUCCUAGCCUUAACUCACAUUUUUAACUUUUGCUUCUCCCACGGGGUCUUUCCUGAGGUCUGGAAGUCGGCCAUUGUCUGUCCCGUCCCUAAAGUUAGAAGUCCUGCCGUGCUAAAUGAUUUCAGGCCAAUCUCUAUCUUGUGUGCUACCUCGAAGGUCCUCGAGCGCAUUGCGGCAGACCAGAUUAUGAGAUACUUAGAGGAACACAACCUUCUCGACCCUUUUCAGUCUGCUUACAGAAAGGAUUUUUCCACGCAGACGGCGCUCAUAAGGGUCUUGGACGAGGUCAGGCUGGCUGCUGAUAAGAGGAGGAUCACUAUAGCCGUAUUUUUUGACUUUUCUAAGGCCUUUGACAAUGUCUGUCACGACAUCUUGAUUGACAAGGCCAGGAAUCUGGGCUUUGCUUGCUCUACUCUGC